GAAAGUUUGACUUCGACAACGACUUUAGUUCGUCUUCAAUCCAUCCCCAGGACUGCGAAAGUUGUCAUACUAGACACAAAGAUGGCAGCAGUUCCUCGCGCAAGGCUGCUGAGCCUCAUGAAGGCUCAAUGCGAAAUAUUCUCCACAACUUACAACCCCGACGGCAUACGGAUGGGCAACAAGAUCCUCCGACAACGAUUGAAGGGGCCGACACUUGUGAAGUACUACCCUCCGAAGGGCCCAACUGUCAGUACACUCGAAAGGGCAUUCAAGGAUUGGCAUUUAGAGACCAUCAAUGAAGUACAAGAAGAUAGGCUAGAGCAUUUGGCAGGUGUGAGGGCUCGUGGGAAGGCACCACCAAAGAAGAGAAAGUCUGCAAAGAAACUUGGGAAAAACUAAGAGAGGGGUCAACAUGGCUUUUAUCUGUACAUAUAUGUACAACCAUCACGGUGUUUACGAGGAUACAAGACAAGACAAUGACUUAUCCAUGCAAUUGCUACGAGCCCAACCAUAUGGAAAAGGGACCGAAUCAACGCUCUCGGGAUGUGCCCAAGCUCUUCAGCAUACCUUGGGAUGUUCCUCGAGUCAAUUGGAUUGAACUAUCGGUAUCCAAGAUGGCCGACUAAGGAACUCGCAGCCUGGGUCUAUGACCUCAACCAAGCCC